AUGGUGGGAGGAAGAAAGAACUUUGACAUGAAAGCAACCAGAUCCAGCAAAUUUAACUAUCCAGAGUGGGCAUUCAAACAGGUGGAAAUGGGAGAAUUUCGAAACCUCAGGGGAGAUAAUAUAGCAGACGAUGAAGAUGAAAUUAUAGCGAAGAAGUUGAGCAUGUUGGGACUGUGGUGCAUUCAGUACAACCCUUCUCACCGGCCUUGUAUGAGUAGAGUGAUACAAAUGUUAGAAGGAACUGUUGAUAUUGCCAUGCCCCGUCAGCCCUUUCCUAUUGAUACACCAGUCCAGACUCCAAACAGUAGCUUCUACUGA